CGUAUCUCUCAACCACACCCAACACAAAGCGUUAGAGAGAGAAACUAGAGAGAGAAAGUUCAACAAAGUUCUCUUUUCUUUCCAAUUUCUCUCUCUAAAUCAGCGCUCACUUUCUGAAUCGCCGGCGAGGACUUGUGUGGUCAGUUGAAUCAGGUUGAGUUAGUGGAGAAAUGCAAUCGGAGUCCGUCGAAACGUCGCUGUUUGAUUUGUUGACCGCAGCUCUGAAGGGGAAACUUAUUGGCACAGUUAACGGAUCGGAUAGCGGAGACUCAACGAUGCCGCCGGCUUUGGCGAUGAUUCUGGAAAAUCGUGAGCUGCUGGUGAUACUGACCACGUCGGUUGCUGUUUUGGUAGGAUGUUUUGUUGUUUUGGUGUGGAAGAGAUCUACGAAUAAGUCGGUUAAGGAAUUGGAGCAACCGAAGAUCGUUAUACCCAAGAGACGGGUGGAAGAGGAGGUUGAUGAUGGUAAGAAGAAGGUUACGAUUUUCUUCGGAACGCAGACUGGAACGGCGGAAGGUUUCGCUAAGGCACUCUUUGAAGAAGCUAAAGUGCGAUAUGAAAAGGCCUCCUUUAAAGUAAUCGAUUUGGAUGAUUACGCUGUUGAUGACGAGGAGUACGAAGAGAAACUAAAGAAGGAGUCAUUUGCUUUCUUCUUCUUGGCUACAUAUGGAGAUGGUGAGCCAACUGAUAAUGCUGCCAGAUUUUAUAAAUGGUUCACUGAGGCAGAAGAGAAAGUUAGUCUUAACAAACUUCACUAUGGAGUAUUUGGUCUUGGCAACAGACAAUAUGAGCAUUUCAACAAGAUUGCAAAAGUGGUUGAUGAUGGUCUUGCAGAUCAGGGUGCAAAGCGUCUUGUUCCAGUUGGCUUAGGAGAUGAUGAUCAAUCAAUUGAAGAUGAUUUUACUGCAUGGAAAGAGUUAGUGUGGCCAGAAUUGGACCAAUUGCUUCGUGAUGAAGAUGACAAAGGUGUUGCUACUCCAUACACAGCUGUCAUUCCUGAAUACAGAGUUGUGUUUCAUGAGAAACUCGAUACAUCAACUGAAGAUUUUAGUCAAACAAAUGGUCACACUGUUCAUGAUGCUCAACAUCCAUGCAGAUCCAAUGUGGCUGUUAAAAAGGAGCUUCAUACUCCCGAAUCUGAUCGAUCUUGCACUCAUCUUGAAUUUGACAUCUCUCACACUGGAUUAAUAUAUGAAACUGGAGACCAUGUUGGUGUAUACUGUGAGAACUUAAGUGAAGUUGUGGAGGAGGCUGAAAGAUUAAUAGGAUUAGCACCAGAUACUUAUUUCUCACUACAUACUGAUAAUGAAGAUGGAACACCAAAUGCUGGAUCCUCAUUGCACCCUCCUUUCCCUCCAUGCACUUUAAGACAAGCAUUGGCUCGUUAUGCUGAUCUCUUGACUUCUCCCAAAAAGUCGGCUUUGAUUGCUCUGGCUGCUCAUGCUACUGAUCCCACCGAAUCUGAACGACUCAAGUUUCUUGCAUCUCCAGCUGGCAAGGAUGAAUACUCUCAAUGGAUUGUUGCAAGUCAAAGAAGUCUUCUAGAAGUGAUGGAAGCUUUCCCAUCAGCCAAACCUCCACUUGGUGUCUUCUUUGCAGCUGUUGCCCCUCGCUUACAGCCUCGAUACUACUCCAUUUCCUCCUCCCCAAAGAUGGCACCUAGUAGGAUCCAUGUCACUUGUGCUUUAGUAUACGAAAAAACACCCGCAGGACGUAUUCACAAAGGAAUCUGUUCAACCUGGAUGAAGAAUGCUGAGCCUGAAGACAGCUGGGCGCCUAUUUUUGUCAGAACAUCGAACUUCAGACUGCCUACAAACCCUAAAGUCCCGGUUAUCAUGAUUGGGCCUGGAACCGGAUUGGCUCCAUUCCGGGGUUUUCUUCAGGAAAGAUUGGCUUUGAAAGAAGCCGGAACGGAAUUAGGAUCAGCUCUUCUUUUCUUUGGCUGUAGAAAUCGCAGAGUCGAUUUCAUCUAUGAGAAUGAACUAAACAACUUUGUGGAGAGUGGUGCACUAUCGGAGCUUGUUCUUGCCUUCUCACGUGAAGGCCCCACCAAGGAAUACGUCCAACAUAAAAUGACACAAAAGGCUUCGGAUCUAUGGAAUUUGCUUUCUGAGGGAGCGUAUUUGUACGUAUGUGGUGAUGCUAAAGGCAUGGCUAAAGAUGUACACAGAACCCUCCACACCAUUGUACAAGAACAGGGGUCUUUGGAUUCGUCUAAGGCAGAGCUGUUUGUUAAGAAUCUACAAAUGUCGGGGAGAUACUUGCGAGAUGUUUGGUAAUUCAAGAGAAACAAACGUAUGUGCCAGUGGGACCUGUUUUAUGACAAAAUAUAGUUUUAUCUUUUACAUGUUUACAAUCCGAAUUCUUUUUCCAUAUCAUUUUUUUGUUCUUGUAUAAUUUAUAUAUAAGGAUAAAGACAGCUUUGUGUCUCUAUUUGUAAUUGUAUGACAUCAUGAAGUGGUAGCCAUAUGUAAUAAUAAUAAUAAUAAUAAUAUGAAGAAAAAAAUGUCUCUUAGAAUAA